AUGAAGAAUGACAGAAAGCAACAGCCUACUAAACAGUUAAAGAGUCUUAAGUAUCCAGUUUUAGAUGCUGAAAAGGCAGAGGAAGCUCGACUGAAGAAGAAUAUGAGCGCCGAAAAAGCUAAAGCAUAUGCUGAGACUCUCCAACUUCUUUCUGAGCUACAAAAGGAUAACGAACCUGGAGUUAGUCAAACAUCAGAGGAAGAUGACGUAACACUUGCCAAGAGACUCGAAGAUAGGCUGGCUACAAAGAGUAAUGAAGUCAAACCAAUAGCGAAGUCGACUACGUCAGUCAUGGACAAGGAGAAGAAAAAGCCGACUAUCUCAGCCAAGGAGAAGAAACUUACUCCAAAAAUCACAUACACCCCUCAGAAGCCAGUAACUCGGAGCCACCCGCAGAAAAGAGUUGAUCCUGAGUUUGCUAGUGGCAAAGGACUGUCGGGACAUAAAAGGCGAAAAACAAAGUCCAGAACUGAAAACCCAGUUGGAAAAGAUUGCCCAACAGAGAAAGUUCAGAAAAAGGAUAGCGAGAAUGUGAGAAAGAGAAAAGCUAAAGGUGAUCCAAAUCUGCAAGAACUUACUAAAAAAGUGAAGAAUGCACGCAAGUUGUUGAGCCUAAGGAAAUCUCCGUUCUAUAAGGAUUUGAGUUCACAACAAAGAGCGCUUCUCUCUCCUUUUUUUGACAAAGCUACCUCAAUCAACAGUGCUUGGAAAGCUCCUGCUGUGAUUGGUCAUCACAUAUUAUCUGCAGAGACAUUUGAAGAUCUGCUACAUAACAGGGCUUUAGAGGGAGAUCUUAUAAAUUACUGGCAAUACCAACUGAAAAAAGCAUAUCAUAAUGAGCAACCAGUGAAUGGACAGAGAAAGUACAUUCCAGUACUCCACAUUGAUCCAACAGGCUGGUUUUAUUUAAGUGACCCAGUACAUCAAGUAGCAGCAAAACUGCUGUAUUCUUACCCAUCAGGAAUAUGGAGGAAGGACCAGGAAGAUUAUUAUUCCAAUGUCACACCAAAACAAUACUGCUUGUUAGCAAUUAAUGAACGCUUGUCGAGCCUGCGCCUUCCACUUGUAAGCAGAGUAAAGAUGAUUAGUUACCCAACACCUCAACAGGGAGACUAUCCAGAUUGUGCAAUAUAUAUCAUGCACAUCAUGAAGAAAGUUGCAAAGGAGGAAGUAAUUGAUGGAGUGCGAAUGAGCUUGGGAGACCCAGAAGAACUAAAGGACAAAAUACAUAAGAAGAGGAUCUCUUUAGCAUGCAAAAUACUCUCAGCAACAUCUCCUCCUGAGGAGAGCUGGAAUAUUCAUGCUCCAAAAGGUUUUUAA